AUGUCCGACCCCAGACUUAUUGAUAUGGAACCCGGCGGGGAGAGCACUCAAUAUGAGUCGAUCCGACAAUAUACCAAGAGUCCCUCGAAGCAGACUGGGCAAUUGGGAGGCGGCGAUAAGCACACUAAAACCGAAGCAACCCCCAGCCUAGGAAAACAAAGCACACCAUCCAACAAUGACGAGGAUUUUCAGGCACAGAAGCUGGAUAUGACACACGACGAGGAGGAUGCCGGGGCCAAGGCCCGCAGACUGCAAGGGUAUGGGCCUGGGUCUGGUGUCGGGGCUUAA